AUGUUGAGAUCUGCUGAUGUCACUGAUAGGUACCAGCUCUUCAAUCCCCAGGCUUACCUUCAGAACAACUAUAUGCCUCCUCGAGCCAAUUUUGACAGUGAGGACUGUGUCGUUCCCUGGAAACUCCGCUGCUUUGCAUCUUCAUUCUCAACAGGUGAAAUCCGUGGCCACACCCUCCUGGACAUUGGGUCCGGCCCAACUCUGUACCAGGUCAUCAGCGCCUGUGACUUCUUCAACAAGAUUGUGAUGUCUGAUUAUUUGGAGGUGAACCGGGAGGAGUUGCAGAAAUGGCUGCGAGGAGAGGCCGGAGCCUUCGACUGGAGCCUCUACAUCAAAUAUGUCUGCGGCCUUGAGGGGAAGAGUGAUCAGUGGGAAGAGAAGGAGCAGAGACUGCGGGAAACAAUUAAAGAUGUCUGUCACUGCGACAUCAUGCAGCCAAACCCUCUGCAUCCUAAGGUGCUGGAUCCUGUUGAUGCUAUCAGCACCACUUUCUGUCUCGAGUCUGUCUGUCCAGAUAAGAAAUCAUUGGAGAAGGCGCUGGCCAACAUCACUUCACUCCUGAAACCAGGAGGUUUCCUCCUGAUGAUCGGGGCACUUGGGGAAUCUUAUUACCUGGCUGGUGAGGUGAAACUCAGUGUUGUUCCUCUUGAUGAAGAUUACGUGAAGGAGGCAGUGAGCAAGUCUGGCUACAGAAUCUGCGUCUUCAAAACAUACAACAUGCCGUCUGAACUGAAAAUUGGGGUUGAUGAUGUGCGCGGUGUUUUCUAUCUCCAAGCACAAAAAUUCUGA